ACUGUGUCUCGUCUAUCAAUAAAGGAUUCUUAUGUGUUCAUUAUUCAUUUCUAUUAAAACACCUGAAAACAUUGGAAGAGUAAACAUACUUAAAUAGAAACAAUUAGAUAACAAUAGUAGUAUCAUUAUUUAUUCUUUGACUUUUUCUUCGUAAAGCUGAUUUUAAUAAUUGUUCGUCAUAAAGGACAAUAGCAGUAUAAAAUUAAUGUGCCAAAAGAUCUAUAAAGGCAAUAAAAUGAUUUCAUCAAAGCUGUCGAUUAUUUUGACAUUUUUGGGAUUAACAAGUAUGGUUCAUACGGAAGGAAUUGCACCCAAAGUUAAAACACCUUUAGGAGGUAUUCAAGGGUAUUAUAAAAUAUCUGCAGAUGGUAGAUCCUAUGAAGCUUAUGAAGGAAUUCCUUAUGCUAUACCUCCUGUUGGAAAGUUAAGAUUUAAGCCUCCACAAAAGAUCCCAGCAUGGCCUGGUGAACUUUUAGCAACUAAAUUUGGCUCUCCGUGUUUACAAUAUAUUCAAAUAAUUACUGAAUCUGAAGAUAGAAUUCAAGGCUCAGAAGAUUGUCUUUAUUUAAAUGUUUAUGUCCCUACACGUGAACAUAAUUCUCAAUUACCAUUAUUACCAGUAAUUUUCUGGAUUCAUGGUGGGGCCUUUCAAUUUGGUAGCGGAAUGUAUAUGGGUUCUAAAUUUUUAAUGGAUCGAGAUGUUAUAUUUGUCACAAUAAAUUAUCGUUUAGGCCUGUUAGGUUUUCUAAGCACAGAAGAUGAUGUUUUACCAGGUAAUAUGGGACUUAAGGAUCAAAAUAUGGCAUUGAAAUGGGUUUUUGAAAACAUUGAAUGGUUUGGAGGUGAUUCUAAUAAAAUAACACUAAUAGGUCUAAGUGCUGGUGGUGCCAGUGUACAUUAUCAUUAUUUAUCUCGUUUAAGCUCUGGUCUUUUUCAAGGAGGUAUAUCUAUUAGUGGUACGGCAUUUGAUUGUUGGACACAAACUGAAAAUUCCUUAGAAAAAGCCAAGAAAUUAGGUGCUAUAAUGGGUUGUCCUACUAAUAAUACUCGAGAUAUGGUACAUUGUUUAAGAUAUCGACCAGGUAAAACUCUGGUCCAUGCAACCAGAGAAUUCCAACCAUGGCUUUACAAUCCCUUUACACCAUUUGGACCUGUUGUUGAGAAACAUGGAGAUUCUCCUUUUAUUGAUCAAUCACCAAUAGAUAUUAUUCAAAGCGGUAAUGUUCAAGAUAUUCCAUGGAUUACAAGUAUUACCAGUGAAGAAGGACUUUAUCCUGUAGCUGAAUUUAUUAGUGAUGAUAGACAUCUUAAGGAACUUGAUGAGAAUUGGAAUAGAAUUGCACCUCAUUUCCUUGAUUUUAAUUAUACCAUACCAAAAGAGAAACAUGUUGAAACAGCUACACUUAUUAGAAACCAUUACUUUGAUUCUAAACAUAUUAAUAAAACGACUAUUAAAUCUUUAAUACAAAUGGCUGGAGAUCGAUUUUUCGUAUUCGAUAGCAUAAAAGCUGCAAGGAUCCAGGCAAAAGUAAAUAAACAACCUGUUUGGUACUAUUAUUUCACAUACAGAGGAGCACAUAGUUUAAGCGAAGCUAUGAGUGGAAGCAAAGAAAAUUUUGGAGUUAGUCAUGCUGAUGAUGCAUUCCUUGUUUUGGACACUCCUUACUUUAAUCCAGUGACGACAAGAGAUGAUAUUGAUAUGCAACAAGAAUUAAUUAAUCUUUGGGUUUCUUUUGCCAUAAAUAAUAUUCCUCAAAUUGGUAUCACUGAAUGGACUGCAGUGGAUCCAUCACAAAAAGAAUUUCGUUUUCUUCACAUUGCAGGACCAGGAAAAUAUUAUAUGAGUAAUGAUGCUAAUUUAAAAAAUCAGGACUUCUGGAAUAAUAUCAAUUUUAAUGAAAAUAUGCCAAAACGUAAAAAACACUUAAAAGAAGAUCUUUAAAUCAUUUUCUAAUUUUUUUU